AUGCUGCGCUUCCUAGGAGAUUCCCCAGCCCCCUCGGGCUCCGUGAAAGGCACGAGACUCGGCGAAGAGGAGCCCCACGAGGGCGUGGCAGGAAAGGGUUAACCUGGCUGCCUUUUCCACCGACAGGUUCGGGAAAAAUGGCUGGCGAGGUCAAAUGGCACCUUGCUAAAAGCUCGCUGAAAAGCUCGCAGAAACUUGGCGGCGCGAGUUCACGCCGGAGCGGCUGCCUUCGGAGCUGCCCAAGAAACUCUCCGCCUCACUUCCCUGAGAGCGCCGCCGGGUCUCGCGAGUGGAAACCCGACUCGACCCGCUCCAGAUCCGCGGAGCCGGGGCUGCUUGUUAGACGGGGAGGGGAGACCGGCCGGUCUGGGAGCGAGAGGCUGCACCGGUCGCGUCCCCAAGGCAAGCAGGCCGGCCGGCCGGCCGGCGUGCGUAAAAGCGCAAGGCCGCCCGCGCCCCGCCUGGAUUGCUCGCCAACUCUGUGA